GCUCAUUUCACAGAAGUAAUAUUUUUCUUUUCGGAAGGAGAUCCCGACAAAGCGGCCCUAUUUCUUUUCAGCAAGUAAAAGUCGAAUAAUCCGAAAACCGACGAUGUACGCCAGGACUAAUACCGGCAGCACACACGGAGACUUUCAGGACAGAAACGGAGUGAAUUAUGUGACAUCGACGGAGUCUUUCGGCCACUGCUCUCAAUUGUUCUGGAAAAAGGAUCCCAACGACUCCGGACCGAGUUCGACCAUCAGCUGGUGCGACCAGCUUCCCACGUCCUCGGCGGCCCUCUCCAGCUCCAGUCUCUCUUCGGCGUCCCUCUCCAGCUCCAGCCUCUCCCUGGAGUCCCGAGCGCCUCCGCCGCCGCCGCCGGCCGUGACGGCGCCGGACGACAUGGACUCGGACGAGAGGCCGUACGUCUGCGACCUGUGCACCUGCGCCUACAAGCACGCCAGCUCCCUGCUCAACCACAAGCUCACCCACAAGAUCGGGGACUUCAGGUGUGACUUUUGCAGCAAACCCUACACUAACUACAUGUCCCUGCGCAACCACAUGCGAAUCCACGGGCAGAAGCGCUACAUGUGCGACCUGUGCGGGAAGGCGUUCCGCCUGGCCCGGUACCUCCGCAACCACCAGAGGAUCCACGACGACGGGCCCAACCGCUUCGACUGUCCCUCGUGCUGCAAGAGCUACAGGACCAUGCUGGAGCUGGCCCAGCACCGCUGCACCGCCGCCGCCACCAACCAGAACCGUUUCAACUGCCCGUCCUGCUUUAAGAGCUACCGAACCAUGCUGGACCUGGCUCAGCACCGGUGCAGCGCCGCGCCCAAAAACCAGUCCGGCAGUCGUCGUUCCAGCUACGCCGCCAACGCUCGCCGGCAGCAGCAGCAGCAGCAGCAGCAGCAACAACAGCAACAGCAGCAGCAGCAGCAGCAGCAGAACAGCGCCAACUCCAUGAUGCAACCGCCGCAUGGAGGACACGGACAGCAGGAACCCCUGCCCCCCCACUGCGUCUCCCCCAUGUCCCAGGGAGGGCAGGGCGGCGUGUCCAGCCAGUCUGUGCCUGACCCCCACCAGCAGGGCCGUCCCAGCUCUGUGUCGUCCCAGAGCAGCCAGCAAAGCAUGAGGAGCUCGUCCUCCAACAAACACAUCUCCUCCUCCGGAGCCGCCCCGUCCUCCUCCUACUCCCUGCUCCAGCCCCUGGUGCCUGAGGUAAAGGAGCUGAGCUCGGGAUACACUAGGCUGAGCGCCAACCCCAUGGCUCUCUACCCGUUCCCCCCCCACCUCCCCCUGCAGCCGAAGCAUCAGGACACUUUCUCUCUGGCCCCCCAGCGGCCCCUCACCAUCAACCCCAUCGGCCACUCCCUCCAUCCGAACGGAGCGCCCACGCUCAAGCCUUCCCCUGUGCCACGCACCAUCCAGGCCAUGCCCUGGGAGCAGCGCUCCCUCUACAAUCAAUGAACCCCCCCCACACACACACACACACACACACACAACCCCUCCAGGAACCAGCUGCCCCCCUUCCCAUCACGUUGCGUCCAGCACCACGCACCCUUCCCCAUCCUUUCUACACCCUUUUCGGACCCAGCAUCAAAGAGGGAGGACUUUGGACGCCCCUUCACCACGGUGCCCCUCCUUUUGGAACGUUGUGUUUGGGAUUGGGGGGGGGCAUGAGAACUAGUUGAGAUUGAAUAACUGAGUAGUUAGGUUUAAAAAAGAAAAAUGGAAAAAAAAAUGUGUUGCCUUGACCCUCAUGUAUGAUCUAUGCCAUGUACUGGAUAUAAGUUAAAAUGUCUGUCUCCUCACUUAAGAAUUGAUCCCCCUCUCGUAAUGAAAAUAUCUACUACCCCCCCCUCAUUAUGAUUAGAGCGCCCGCCCCUCCCCACGUGUUAAAUAAAACAAAACGCUAUUUUGUAUGGAAAUUCUCCCUUCAGUCAGAUAUGUUUCCUUGAAACAUAAAAGCUGACCUAAGUGAAAGGAAGCUGGAGGGGGGGGGGUCCCUUUGUUGUGUUAUUUCCAAAUGUUCAACAUGCUCCAGACGAAGGUUGUGUAUAUUGUGCGUUUCCAGCACGCCUCUCUCCUCAGUAACCGCGGCAACGACGUCCUGAGGAGCGAGUGGUCCGGCAGCGUGGAGGACCUCGAGCGACCGGGGGGGGGGGGCUCGGUUACCUUCUCUUUAACCCACAACUCAAUUUUGUUCUAAGCCUGCACACCUGUUGGCGGCGGGUGGGGCAAAUUUAGGAAAGACAGCAGUACGAGUCUCCACCCCUUUUUGUUGUUACGCUGCGACUGUCCACAUGUGUGUUCCUCUCACUUUAAAGCACUUUAAGACAAGUGCUGUGUAAUUAUCACCCC